AUGUAUCAAUUUAAUCCCAAUAACCUCAUACAAUUAGAUUUUCAAGAACUAUCCAAAGCACUAGCCUACAUUUUUGCUACAUUGCAAGAAAACGAGUCCAAAAUUUCAGAGGUAAAAGCCACCUCCACCGAAGCAGUAUUUGAAAUUUCAAAACAUAAAGAAAAAUUCAAAGACAUAGAAAGUAAAUUUCUGAUUUUCGAAGAGAGCAUCAAAGAAGUCAACAAAAUAAGCGACAAAGUCAAUACAUGGGGCGAGCGAUUUAGAGAAAUGGAGGAAAGAAAUUUCGCAUUUUCAAGCAAAAUAGAAGAAUUGAGUCAUCAAUUCCAAUCACAAAUAGAUGAAGUAACUAGACUGAUAUCUCAAACUACUAGAUCAGCACAAAUAGAUACUAAAAGAGACGUGAUGAUCAAAAUGGAAGAAAUGAAUAACGCAGAAACGGUAAAAAUUGGAAUUAUAAAUAGCCAACUUGAGAGACAAAUCUCUGAAUUAAAGAAUCAAUUGGAAAUGCUAAAUUUGGAAAACCAAGCAAAAUUUGUAGAAAUCCAUAGCUCGCUUGGAUUGGUCAGCUCCCAGACUCAGCAGCCCGAAUCCCAAAAGCAACCAAAGGAAAGCCAAAAAAACAGAAACGUUGUCAGUAGGUUAGCGUCAUUAGAAAAAACAUUUCAAAAUUUUGUAACUUCAAUGUCAAGUACAAGAAGCGUUGGAAAUACCAACCAAGAGAUUCAAAUCCCAGCAUUUAUUGAACCAAAAAUAAAUUUAAUAGAAAAUGAGCCAAAGCCGAUAUUUUCUAUGGUUAAUGAAGGAAUUGAUCUAAUAAAGCCUGCAUCCAAAGAAAAUGAAUCAAAUCCUCCAAGCCCAUUAUAUCUACCAAAUAAUGAAAAUUUAUUACCUUUAUUUGAUAGGAUAAGUAAGCUUGAGAAAGCAAAUUAUAAGCUAGGAGACUAUGAAGCAAUGGAAAAUAAAAUUGAGAUACUGAAUGAAAAAAUUGAAAUUUUAUUUGAAAAAGCGUUAAAUGAUGCAAAUAUUGUGAUUCCUUCUAUUCAGAUAGAAGCCCCAAAAGAGCAUCACCAAGAAAAAUCAUUAGAAAAGCCAUAUGAACUAAAUUUAAUAACAAUACCAUCUCCAAUUCCAUCUCCUUCUAUGUCACCAAUGCCAUCUCCAAGGACUCCUCGACUUGAUAGUCUUUAUGAUAAAAAAUUUUCAAAAAUAGAAGAAGCAGUUCAGCUGUUACAAAAAAAUAUUACAGAAGUCCAGUUAAGCAUUGAUAAUAAUAAAUUGAAAGAGUAUUUAGAUGAUAAAUUUACUGUAUUUGGAAAAAAUACUAGGGAUACCCUAGUAAAGCAAUUUUCAGGCGUUUCUGAAGAAGUAUCAAGCAAACUAUCCGAGUUCCAAUCAAGACUAAAUGGCUUCUGAAAAGAUACUCAAAUCGUUCAUGAAAUUAUUGAAACCAUUAAGUCUCAAAUUGAAGAAUCUGCGCACAGUUUAAAAGAGGAAAAUAAAUUAUUAUCAAGUAGUAUAGAAGAUAUAUCAAAAAGCAUUGACAUAAAAUUAACAGAAAAAUUAACUGAAGUUAAAGAGUUAAUUCCUCAAGUUCAGGUUACUAACUCCCCCCCCAUCCUUGAUCGAGCGAUUGACUGUAAAAAUUCCUAAAAAUUGGGGAAAUUAACCCCCAUCCUUGAUCGAACGAUUUUCAUAUCAUUCAAAUUUUUAUAUAUAUAAAAAUAUAUUAGUUAUCAAAAGCUUGGGAAAUGUACCUAAUGAAGUUUUUUUACAGAGCUUUGAGACAACAGAAAGCUGCGGAAUCAACCAUCCGAAGUGAUUUAGCCAUCAGCCUAGGCUUAAAAACUCAAUAAUCUAAAAAAUAGAGAUUCUUUAAAAUUAAAAAAAAAAAAAAAUUUAAUUCAAUAAGGAACAAAUUAAAAUUUAUACAGUUUAAAUAGGGGUAACUAAUAAAUCAAAAUAUUAAAAAUUGGUAUUUUAUGAAAUUAAUUCAAUUUUUUGUUGUAAAAAUAAUUAUUAAAUACUCUUAACCCACUUAUUUAAAAGUAAAUAAAAAAAAUAUAUAUAUAUAUAUAUUUUUAUUUUUAUAUAUAUUUUAUUUUAUAUAUAUAAUUUUUUUUCCCAAAAAAUUUUUUUUUAACCCCCAUCCUUGAUCGAACGAUGGCGAGUCGUUCGAUCAAGGAUGGGGGGGGGGAGUAAAGAAAAACCCGAACAAACCGAGAGUGACACUGUUCUUCGUAGCAUGAUUUUUAGUUUGAGGAAUGAAUUAACAAAAUUAAGGUCAUCAAUUGAACAAAUCGAGCAUAAAAGAAUGGUUGAAGAGUCAAUUUUUGAAGAAAACGCAUCAACUGUUUUUGUGGAGAAUUUUGGAACAAAAGAUGAAAAUAAUAACUUGAAAGGGAUACUGAAACUGCAUGAUAAUGCUAUACGAAAUUUAGCACUAAAAAUCAUGCCAGGAUCUCAGAUGCCUUCUCAACAAAAUCAAGAAAUCACUAAUGUUUUGCAAUAUUUAGAAGAUUUAAAAUCUCAAAUAAAAGAAGUGAUAAAUAAACAAGAACAUACCAAGUCUUUUACCUCAAAAGAUUUUGAGCUUCUAAAUGAAAUUUAUCAAAAUUUAGAAAAUAAAUCAAAUAAAUCAGAAUUAAUACAAAAAGUUGAUAGAAACGAACUAAGAAGGAUUUAUCAGCUGCUUAAGAAAAGAAUUGAUGAAUUAUCUGAACAGUUAAAAAAAAGUGAUCAGAUGCAGGCAUUAUUAAGCACACAAGAGGAGCCUUAUUUCAUGAAGAAAAAAUAUGAUUUUGGCUGUGCAUCUUGUGGGCAGGUUUUUAGUCCGCAAUCUGAUACUCAAAUGACUCAGCAGACUUGGUAUAAACCUGGGACAAGAAACGGAACAUUUAUGCCAGGAUUUUCAAACAUUUUAUCAUCGCUAAUACAAAGCCCCUCUGGGUCUUUUACUUUGCCAAGUCGAGCUGAAGAAAAUAUUGAUAGGGAAUCUAUAAAAAGUCCAAAAAACUCAAUUGUGACGCCUUCAUAUAGUAAAGGGAAAAAUAGAAGAAUUAGGCUUCCUUCUGUUAAAGAAUCUUCAUAA